AUGCAUCAAACCGUGCUGCUGUUGUUAGCGUUGGUUGCAUUAUCAUAUACUUUUGGGAUAUUCGCGCGACCACCGGCAGUCAACAGAGAAGUCCGGCAGCGGAAAGCUAAACCGGGUUCACUUAAACUGUGUCCGCCAGGUGGACCCUCUUUCCUUGAUGCAUUCAACUUGAUCUGCCCAAUGCGGCGACGACGACGGAGCGUCGACAAUGCACUUGAGGAAAGCAGCUCUUCGCUCGAGAAAAUUAUGCACAAAUGCUGUGAUGAAGGUUGUGAAUUCUCCGACAUCUUCCCUAUUUGUAAUCCAUUUGGAUAA